GUUGUAAAUAUAAUCCUUGACCUUGAGUCUUCGUUCUUAUUAGCACACGACACUUGUGUGAUCACACUGCUAACGUGCGCUUUGCUCUCUGUUUCAGAUCAUUGCUUGACGAGUGGGAUUACAUAAAUGGCGAGCCUGCCAACGAAAAAACUCUCUUCUUCUAAGUCUCGACUCAAUGAGGCUACUAAGAACACUUCUCCUGUCAAACAGACAGCAUCGAACGAGGUUGAUCAAUUAGCUGAAGUGAUGGCUCCAGCUUUUCAAUCAAAUCAGCCUGCAUCGCGUUUCGUCCAUCCUUUGCCCCAUAAACUGGAGGUCGGUGAUGACUUCGAGCUGUGGUCGGACAAGGUGCGCCGAUACGUUGAUCUGAUGAACGUGCCUCACCCGAAUGCAUUCGUCAUCGAUUCUGUUGGACGGUCCUUGGAAAUGUACACAAUUGGUUUGGAUUAUGUGCAUAUGCCCUUGAUCACCCUCUUGAGUACUCUAAAAGCACGUAUAGUGCCACCAGUACCUCACAUUGAAUCGCUGAAAAGAUUCAGUGAGUGCAACCAGAGACAGGGUGAAUCCAUCAACCAGUUCAUCUUACGUCUCCGCACGCUUGCACGUCAAGCUAUGCAGGACAAGACUUAUUCAGAAGUUGAAGAUGCUAUAUUUUCCAAGUUCCUGCAGGGUGUCGACUUCCGUUACAGGAAGGAUUUCAACCUACACACUCCAGCCUCCAUGGCAGAAGCUGAAACUAGCGCACGCUUGGUGGAAAGCCUGGAAGAGCCAGGAACCACAUGCCCACAAGUAAACGCAAUGGGACAUCCGAACAGAACAACAAAAUAUGCACAGAAUCCCACACCACCGUGGAAAGGACGUCCACAGUCUCAAUCCACCUCAAGAAAUGAUUGCUACUACUGCAGGCGGUUUGGUAAGCUGGCUAGAAGUUGUGGUCACAAUGCAGAAGAUGAACAAUUUGUGUGACAGUGAAAACCACAGAAGAAUGCUGUCAUGAACGAAGGUUUUGAAAGGAGAAUGAAACAUUUUCAGAUGUCCAGUAACGUCAGUCAACCUGAUCACAGCAAUUCGACAUCGCCGAAAUAAUUACGAAAAACAAUUGUGUAAAGAUAUUUGCCUAUUAUUUUUCAUCAAAUAUAUUUAAGAUCCUACUUGCCAUACUUUUCUUAUUCUAUCUGAGUGAAACUAAAUUUGUCAUCAUGACGAGAUGGAGGCCUGAGUUAUCAAUGAUACCUGAGAAAGU